CACUCAAUGGCUUCUGACCAGCAAUCAAGGCAAGAGUGCAGCAAAGCAAAAAAAGUGAGUAAACCACUUUUUGUCAUCCAUGUUUGCCGGGUAGCCAGCCAACUAACCAACACUUUGCUUUUAGCAAUUUGAAAACUUGGUACUAUGCGGAACUGGCGGGCUUCUACAUGCUCACUGAAAAUACAGCCAAGGCUAACGAAACAAUUCACGACUAUUUGACAUCUAUGUAUCCCCAGCAGAUUGCACAAGACGGCAACCAGCCUUCGGAAAUGGGACCUUCAGCUCAUGGUCAUCGCCUCAGCUUCAAUUUGGAGGGGAUGAUCACGCUGGCCAAAAUCGGAGACGAGAUUGGUGUGGAUAUCUGGCACCGCAAAACCGAUCAAGGCGCAACCCUAUUGACAGCAGUGCAGUACCUUUUGUCUCACAAUCUCGGUGCUGGAUCUGAGGUAUGGCAUCUGGCAGCGGCUGUGCGUGCGAAAUACGGUAGCGAUGUUUUCCUAAACAUCAAGGUCAUGGUAUCUGCCUCCAAUCGCAACCCAGGCUUACAAUCUCUCUCCAAUGAUCACCCGCCAAUUGAAGCUUUCAAUGCCUGGCCAAGCGCUAAAAAGCCAGCAAACCCAUCUGAAAUGAAUAUCAGACAGCAUAUCAGCAACACAGGACACAACCGUGGGAUUGGGCCCAAGGCUUAUCGCGGAGCCGCCGUUUCCUUGCCGAUGGCUUGUUUUCACAACAUAGUCAUUGGACUCAUCACUGUGUUCAGUAUGAUAGUCUAGCUCAACGGAUAUGAAGCAUCGAUAGCAUUGCUCAGGCCAGCCUUCUCUCAUUCGCUUCAUCGGCUCUCCGUAUCAAUA